GUAUAAUCCAAUAGACCGGUCUGUCAAGAUGGAAAAAAUGGCCCACACGAUGCUAUAACGCCGAAUGUGUCUGAAACACGAGUGUUGAUGUGAAAUGGAGAAUCUGAGAAUGUACCAGCUUGUGGUGGUGGUGACAGUGGCGGUAUGUUACUACAACUCUCUAGGGGCUGGCUUUGUGUUUGAUGAUGUCUCUGCCAUCGUAGAUAAUAAAGAUCUGCGACCCCAUGUCCCAGUACAACGACUUUUCUGGAAUGACUUUUGGGGUACACCCAUGUACAAGGAGAAGAGUCACAAAUCCUAUCGACCUUUGUGUGUGCUGACCUUUCGACUAAACUACCUCCUCUAUGAGCUGGAUACCAUGGGUUACCAUCUUGUCAAUGUCAUCCUCCACGCUGUUGUCUGUCUACUGUUCAUGAAAAUGUGUAGUAUGUUCCUGCCAGACCUUGCUAGUUUUGUUGCUGCCUUUCUCUUCGCUAUCCACCCAAUCCACGUUGAAGCUGUGACUGGGGUGGUGGGAAGAGCAGAGGCACUGUCUUCUAUAUUCUUCCUGCUAGCACUGAUGUCCUUCUCCAAGUCAACAGGAUACAGGUCUCAAAUAGUGUGGAGACCCUUGUUGAUGACAGUGGUUCUCGUCACCAUAGCUAUGUUAUGUAAGGAGCAGGGCAUCACAGUGAUAGGAGUAUGUUGUGUGUACGAGGUUUUCGUCGCACAGAGGGCCACAUUUAUGGAGCUUCUGGCAGUGGUGGGGAGUUUUAUGAAGGGGAAGCCCUCUAUCCCUCCCUGGCUGAGGAACUCUGUUGUACGAGCUGGUUUCCUUGUGGGUACCACACUAUUCUUACUCUUCGCCAGAAUCAAAGUGAUGGGAGCCCAGCUCCCUGUCUUCACAAAUUUUGAUAACCCUGCUUCCCAAGCUGCCUUCCCUGCCCGACACCUGACAUUUAACUUUCUCCUGCCAGUCAACCUUUGGCUCCUCCUCUGUCCUUCUGGACUCUGUUGUGAUUGGACAAUGGGCACAAUCCCCCUCGUGAAAUCCCUGCUCGAUGUGAGGAAUGCAGCAACUCUGGGGUUUUAUGCAUGUAUGGUCAAGUUUAUAAUAUACAUGCUUAAUAGCCAGGACAAAAGGAACAGAGCCAUUAUCAUGGCGCUGACUCUGAUGGUGCUUCCGUUUAUUCCGGCCUCCAACCUAUUUUUCCCGGUUGGGUUCGUGGUGGCAGAGCGUAUCCUCUACACUCCAAGUAUGGGGUUCUGUAUGCUUGUCGCGCUGGGUUUCCAUCUCCUCCUCAGUCAUCACAAAAGCUUGAAGCCUAUUUUAUGGGGCUUGUUUGGUCUCCUUUUACUAACGCACGGACUAAAGACUCACCAUAGAAACUGGGAAUGGAAGUCGGAAUACACCUUAUUUAAGUCGGCCUUGAAGGUUAACCAGAGGAAUGCAAAGUGCUUUAACAAUGUCGGUCAUGCAUUGGAAAAAGAGGAACGGUUCACUGAAGCACUUGAAUACUUCGUCAAAGCUGCCAGUGUACAGCCAGACGAUAUCGGGGCCCACAUGAAUGUUGGAAGGACGUACAACACCAUGAAUAAUUCUGUGGAGGCAGAAAAAGCUUACAAACGUGCCAUGGACCUGUUCCCUCCUGUAAUCCCAGGUAAAAGCUACACCACCCGUGUGGCUCCCAACCAUCUUAAUGUAUACCUCAAUCUGGCCUCCCUCGUUUCCAAGGACCCAGCACGUCUUACCGAGGCUGAUAAUCUGCUUAGGACGGCCAUUUCAAUGAGGCCAGACUAUGUCCAAGGGUACAUCAACCGCGGUGAUAUUAUGGUUAAAAUGGCCAGAUUACCAGAUGCACUGGAGCAGUACAAGACAGCCCUGAGAUAUGAACCAGAUAAUGCUGAUGUCCAUUACAAUCUAGGUGUUGUAAAUCUGGAGAUGGGCAAUGCAGCCACAGCUAAACUCAACUUUGAGGAGGCCCUCCUUCAUGAUCCGGACCAUAUGCAAUCCUUGUACAACUCCGCCAUUAUGCUACAGGAAGGAGGGAACCGAAAGGAUUGGCCCGAGGCCUACAAAAGACUUGGCAAGCUGAAGGAAGUUAACCCUGCUGACUCCAAGGUACACUUUACCCUGGGUAUGCUGGAAAUGGACCGUCACGACUUCGCCAGUGCGGAGGCACACUUCAGGCGCUGUAUAGAGCUGGAGGAGAACUUUAAAAGUGCCUUGUUUAAUCUUGCUCUCCUUCUUACGAAUAACAUGAAGAGACCAUUGGAAGCUGUUCCACACCUGGAGAAGCUUUUACAGUUUUACCCCAACCACACCAAGGGCAACAUGUUGAUGGGUGACAUCAACGUAAAUAACCUAAAAAAUCUGGAUGCUGCAGAAAAGAACUUCAAUCUAGUUAUUGAACUGGAGCCCCUAAAUGUUCAGGCACAUCAUAACCUAUGUGUGGUGUAUGUGGAGAAGCGUGACCUCUUCCGUGCGGAGAAGUGUCUUACACACGUCCACAACAUGGCACCUGAAGAGAAGUACAUCUUUAACCAUCUACAGAUUGUACGCACUCGUAUCAAUGAUGCAAUCAAGGCCCAUAAGGAGAAACAACGUGCAACACAGGAGACUGUAGCAGGUGAUCAGAAUACACCGGGAAAUCAGCAACAACAGCAACAACAACAACAGCAACAACAACAGCAGCAACAAAGACAGCAACAACAACAGCAAGGACAACAACAACAGCAGCAAGGACAAAAGCAACAACAGGCAGGACGACAACAACAAAAACAGCAAGGACAGCAACAGCAACAAAAACAGCCAGGACAGCAGAAACAACAAAAACAGCAAAAUCAUCUGGAAGCAAAACAAAACCAACAACAAAAUCAGCAACAUAAACAGUCUCCUCCAAACCAACAACCUCCCCCACCUCCAAAACAAAAGAUACCACCUAAAGAUACAUUAUCAGAAAAGAAACAACCAAGCCAUGCUUCUCCUCAUUCAGAUUCCCCCCCACCCAGGCACUGA